AUGGAUCCGCCAAUUAAAAUUAAAACUGAAAACACUUUUUUGUCACGGGAUCGGGAUAAUAAAAACAAAUUGUUUGAAAAUAUUGUUUAUUUUGCAAGUGGUUCUAUUAGCCACGAAGUAAGUAUCUACUUAUAGUUACAUUUGUGAAUUGAGCCAUUAAUUUUCGUAUUUUGAUCGUCUUAGGUGUUAUCAGCGCUCAAAACGAACAAAGCCGAAUCAACAUGUUUGUUAUCCGAUUCGGUUACACAUUGCAUUGUUGGGGAAAAUUACAUUGAGGAUGAUGUUACUACUGCUAGAGAUUUAUAUGAUGUAAUAACUGUAACUCCAGAAUGGAUUCGGAUGUGCGUUUUAUGCAACAAACUACUUCCGUAUCCUUUUAAUAUAUUUUUUUGUAAUUGUUAAUAUGCCAAAUACCUAAAUAUUUAUUUGUAUGUAUAAAAUUAUAUUUUUGUAAUUUGUUAAUUUAAUACUUUAAAAAAAAAAAUUUGAAAUCAUAUGAUAGAUGACGUAUACAUUUGUUAGUUUCCUUAAUAUUAAUAUUUUAGAACCAAACCGUUUAAUCCGUUUGAAGAAAAUCUAUUUCAUGGAAUUGUUGUAUGUGCAUCUCAACUUACUGUAAAUGACUGUAAAACCCUAUGGGCCAUAGUGACGUAUAAUGGCGGUAUUUUUAGGCUUACAUUAGACCUUAACGAAACUACUCAUUUGGUGAUUACUAAACCUUACGGGGUGAGUAAUAUUUAUUUAUAAUCUUAAUAUUGUAGUACAUCUUGGAGAUAAUGACCAGAACUUAUAGUUUUAAGUAACACUGUAUUAUGUCACAGUGGCAGUUUUUGAAAUUUUUUCUGGGGGAAUUGCCCCCCCCCCAUAAAACCGCAACUUAUUAUGUAUUAUUAUUUAAUGUUUGAUAAUACAAAUUAAUUGACUUCACUUUUUUUAUUUAGAAAAAAUAUGAAUCUGUAAUAUCAAGUGGUAUAGAUGAAAUUAAAAUUGUUACUCCCGAUUGGAUUAUUGAUUGUUUAAAAAAUAAAGAACUGUGUCCUGAGAUUAAUUAUCACCCUAGACUUCUUGUUAUGCCAAAGCUAGUACAUACCAAUCCAUCUUUCAGUAUGUUUUUUUUUAAAAUCAUUUUUAUUGAUGUGUUAUCUAAAAAAAAAAAUUAUAAUAUUUUUCUACUUUGUAUGUUAAGAAUUACAAACUAGUGGCCUGUCAACAAUUACUGGAUUUGUUGAUUUUGAUGCGCCUAUAGAACAGCCUGGCACUGUUGUUUCAAAAAAUCAAGGUUUAGAACAGUUAAAACAGCGUUUACCAUGGAAUCAACCUUCUACACCACAGACAUCUCAAACUAUUCAAGUAACUAAAGUAUUUUAAUUAAUUAAUUUUUUUUUUAUUGAUUAUAAGUACUCAAAUAAAAUUAUAUUUAUAUAAAUAUUGUUUUGAAGGCUCAAGUAUCACAAGGAAUAGUUCAAUCAAAUAAUUCUCAACCAAAAGCAAUGAUGUCAUUAAUAUCUACUCCACAACUUCAACGACUAUCACAACAGCAAGUUCAACAGUUGCAGCUGCAACAGCAAACCCAUGCUAGUAAUCAACUUUUAUCCCAACAACAAAUUCAUAUGUCCCAGAAUCAAUUCCAACAACAAAUUCGCACUCAACAAAUGCAACAAUCAAAACAAAUUCAGUUACAACAUGGACAACAGUUGCAAUUUCAAUCAAAUCAACAACAAAUGCAACAAAAUCAUAUGCAAUUACAACAGGCUCAACCACAAACUCAUUUACAAAUGAUGCAGAAAGGUCAACAACUUACUCAAAACCAACAGCACAUACAAAUGCAACAGAAGGUGCAGCAAAUUCAAUCUGGACAACAACACCAAAAUCAACAGCAGCAAGUUACUUUACAACAACAACAACAAAAUGUUCAACUCCAACAAAGUCAACAGCAACAACAAAAUGUUCAACUUCAACCUGGCCAACAGCCUAACCAAAUACCACAGUUACAGCAACAAACAGUACAAAUACAACAGGGUCAAUUACCUCAGUUACAACAGACUGUUCAAAUUCAGCAGGGUCAGCAACAAGUUCAAAUGUCUCAACUACAACAGCAAACAGUUCAACUCCAACAAGGUCAACAACAACAGGGUCAACUAUCCCAAUUACAGAAACAAACUGUUCAAUUACAACAAAACCAACAACAUUCUAACCAGUUGCAACAGGGACAGCAAAUUCAGCCACAACAGCUACAAUUUCAAACAGGCAAUAAUACUCAACAAGUUCAAUUCUCACAACAACAAGUCACUCCAAAUGCUCAAGUUCACAUACAACAACAGCAGCAACCUCAAGUUCAAAAUGUUCAGUCUACACAACCAUCUCAAAUAUGUAUAGUAUCAAAUGGUCAACAGGUUCAACAAGCUCAAGGUAAUUCAUCAAAUCAACAACUUCUAAUUCAACAACAACAACAGAGAUUAUUGUUCCAACAACGCAUUGUACAACAAGGUGGCGGAACUGUUUCUACUCAAUGGCGAAUGGCUCAACCAUCAUCUAAUAUGGUAAAAUUGUGUAAAUGUUAUGUACAAUUAUAUCUGCUUUAAAUAAAUUUAUUGUUAUUUAUGCGUGUGUGUAAAUAUUUUGUAGCCACGUGUCCAAAAUAACCAGCAACAGUCUCAACAAAUUCCACAACAACAAACCCUAGUUAUUGGACAACAACAAACAGUAAAUAUGAAUUCUGCAAAUAAUACACAACCAACCACUCAGACACAAUGGAAUCAACCUCAAACAUUAACUAUUCAAAGAACUAUUCAACAACCAUUGGAUCAAAGACAAGUAAUAUGGUCACAGCAGUCUCCGGUAAUAAUUUAAUUAUAUUCAAAAUAUUAUUUAUAUAUUUACCGACUAUUUUUAAAUAUUAGCAUGGGCCACAACAAAUGAUACAUAUGGAUGCGAAAACCCACCAACAAAUACAAGCCAUGAAUCCCGCUGAACGGUUGGCAUUUAUCAAUAAAUUAACAAAACAAAGAAACAUUGUUUUGCAACAGUUUAAUGUAUGAUGAUUGACAAUCUAAAUUAUGUAAUUUUUGAACAUUAAAUAAAUAUUAAAUGACAUAGGCUCGUCAACAACAAGCUGCUGGUGUAGCUGGAGGUACAAAUAUUAUCAGACCAUCAACACCGAGUGGUCCAACUACUGUAAUACGUACCCUUAAUCAUCAACUAAUAUCCUCUUCUGGGAUGACCCAAGCACAACAAGCACAAUGGAGUCAAAUACGUCAACAACAAGUAAUUUAUUCAUAUGAAUAUAUAAAAUGAUUCUUCAAUGUAUUUAACGAUUAUCAAUAUUAUUAAUAUUUCAAUAUAUAUAUUUUAUAAUUUAUAAUAUAUAUAUAUUAUAAAUAAUGUUCAUCUACUCAAAAUCUUAGAUACCGAAUUUAUGUAGCCCAUUAUAUUAUUUAUAUCACAAGAUCUUGUUAUUUUUGUUAGUUCAAGAUCAGUUAGAUCUUGAACUUAACUAAAAAUUGAUUAUUGCGGGUUUGGGAUUAAAAUUAAAAUGAUAAUUUUAUCACCAAUAUUUAUAUUGAUUAUCAUAAAAAACAAAAAUAGUUUCUUAAUUUUUUUAAUAUUUUAAAACAUAAGUGUAAGAACCAAACAAUAUUGAUAGGUAGUUAUUUUAAAAAACAUUAUGCUUAACUAAUGAUUAUUAUAAAUUAUAAUUUAAGUUGUUAGCUCAACAACAACAACAAAUGGCUGGCGGAACAGUCACUACAGGAUUGCCAACUAACGUUAAGACCGUAAGCAACCCACUGGUGAAUAAUCAACAAGUUGUUCAACCACAGACAACUGUUUGGCAACAGUCAUCUGUUACUGAACAAGGUUAGAUAUUUUUUGAUAUUCAAAUUUCUGUUUAUGUUAAAUUGGUUUUAUUUUAAAAAAAUUACCAUUGGUUAUUUCUGUAAAUAGUAUGAGGAAUCUAUAUCCUUAUGAAAAUAUAGGUUAAAAAUUAAUAUAGUUUAAAUCAUGUUAUGCUUUAAGCUUAAAACAAUUUUAUGUUUCAUUUGUUAAAAAUAAAAAAAUAUGAGAAUUUAAAAAGUAAAAAAUUGUAUUUCCAUAAAAUAGUACUAAAUUUGAGAUAGGAUAUUUUAAAAUUGAUAUUAAAAUGUACAUUUGUUUUUUCUUUUUGAAAUUCUAUAGUAGAAAAUAGGAGUUACAGUAUUUGCUUGUUAUAAGUCUACCAUACAGGCAUGUGUAAAAUUUAAACUAGUAACUGAAAUUUUUAUGAAAUAGGUAACACAGUUUUGUGUAUUUUCUAGACCUUUCUGAUACAAUUACUAUUACUAUAUACUAUUCAUGUUAGAAAAUAUCCUAUUUUUGAUAAAUGACUGUUAAUUCUUGAUUGUGCUAAUUGCAUUAAAUUUUUCUUUUUUCUUUUCUGUUGAAAUUAACUUAAAUGAACCUAGUUUAUGGUAGUGACUUAAAGACACUGUAAGUUAGGUAUCUUAUAAAAAUAAUCCUAUAUUUAUCCAUAAAUCGGAUUAAUUAACCUGGAUUAGUUCUGUAGAUUAGCUAUUAAUUUAAUUACAGUUCAAUAAAGUAUUACUUCUAAAAAAAAAAAAAAAAUUAUAGUGCAUCAACAAACUACAGGAUCCAUGUCUCCUGUUCAAUUGGCACAAUUACAUCAAAGACAACAGCAAUUACAACAAUUAAGACUUCAACAAUUACAAAUGGACACCACACAAAAACAACAGCCAAUACAACAACAGGUAAGGUUUUAUUAAAUGACAGACUUCUAAUAUUUUAAUAAAAAAAUGUUUUUUAUUUAUUAGGUGGUUCCUAAUCAACCUAUUACUGGUAAAGUAAUGCAAUCAUCAAAUGUUGUACAGUCUCCUCAAGUAGCACCGGCCCAAACUUCUAUUGUUCAGCCACAACAAACAUCAACACUAGCUACAAAUGAGCCUACUGAAACACAGGUCCCAAAUCAAGAACCAUUCACAGUAUGUAUACCUAUAAUUGAUAAUUGUAUUUAUUUUGGUAAUAUGUGUACGUUUUAUUGGGGAUUGCUUUUUGGUGAUGGACAUUGUUUUGGUGUUCUUUGUCAAAUAAUUUUGGUUUCAGGUUUUCUAUAUUUAUUAGUACUACACAAUUCUAAAAAAUUGUAUAUUAUGUUUAUAAAUUGGUUUUAAUUCGUCUGAUAAUUGAAAUUGAACUAGAACGUAUAUUGGUUACUUCUUAAAUAAAAAGAAUAUUAUGCUAAUUAUUUGACUAAUAUUUUUAUAAUUUAAAACUUAAUUUCAAUUUUUUUAUUGAAUGUAGAUAAUUUUUAUGUAAAAAUUAAAGUCUCAAGUAAAUUUUACUGCCUCAUAUAUUCCACUUACAAUUAUGUUUUUUUAAAAAUUAACAUUUAUGGUGUUCUUGUUUAAAAGUAAUGACUAAAGAUUUAGUGUUUGCCAUCAUUUUUUCUUGAGUUAAUGGGGAAUAAAUAAAAAAAAGCUUAAUUUUGUUUAAUGUUGUAUUAUAAUUUUACAACUUAUCAUAGACCUUCAAUUGUAUAAAUAUUUGCUUUUAUCUAUGAAUAAAUAAAUCAUUUCUUCCAAUAUACAGAACUGUAACUAAUAAUCUUGUCUAUUUAAAACCAAGUAUGCUUUUCAUUUAUGCCCUAUAUAAAUAAAUAAUAAUAAUAAAAAAUGUACAAUAAAGCUAAUAUGGAUUAAAAAUAUACAUUUGUUACUUAUUAUGAAAAAAAAAAAAAAAGUUUUUAAAAUAUAAUAUACCUAAUGCAGACAAUAUUUAGUAGUUAUGUACAAUUAUUUGUAUAGCUGUAAGAUCUACACAUGUAUGCCAUUUAUUCUAAAGUAAAGUAAUCACAUCGAAAAACAUGAUAGAUUGUAAAUAGAUUUUUCAUGCAUUACUAUUUCUCUAUAUUUUUCAGUUAAUACUUAAAAAAAAAAAUCAAUAUAUAAAUAAUCAUAUGUUAAUUGUAAUGAACUUUUUUAUGUUCAAUGAUCAUUUUAUACAGCAAUUUAUUUAUCUUGUGGGGUUUAUAUAUUUUGUUAUAAAUAAAUGUUAUACUAAAAUGUGUAAACACAAAAGUAUUAUAUUGAUAAUUAAAUAUAUUAUUUUUAAUGUGUAAUAUAGUUACUAUUUUUAAUUUUUUUUUUCAACAUUCAAAUUCAAAAUAAUUAUUCAUAAACUUUGGUAAAAUUGUUAUUUAUUUAAUUAAUAAUUAUUAUAACUUAAGUAUUUUUAUUUUUCUCAGUAAAUACUAUUUUAUGAACAGUUCACUGUUAAGUCAUUAUAUUUUGUAAUUUUUCUGUAAGUUAUCUGCAUUUUCAUUUUGAUAACAACAAUUGUUUUUAUAUGCAGUAUUAUUAUAACUCAACGUUGUAUUUAAUGCAUAGAUAUCCAAUUUAUUUUUGUAAAAAAAAUCGAAUAUUGUUGCUAUUGACUGCAUCCAACAUCAUAUUUUUCUAGCAAACAUCUCAAUCAAAUCAACAAGCGUUGGUCGUAAAUCCUAAGACCAAAACCGCGCUUGCUAAUAUGUUAAGUAUACGUUUACAAAAUGGCAUAUCAUCAUCCACUUCUACUCAGCAACAGGUAAAAAGUAAACACAUGAUGGACCAACGCUGUUUUGAAUUUUGUCUUCAUAGACAUAUCACUAAGAGCAUAACUCCAUUGAGCUAAUCUAUAGUUCUAAUGCAUGGUUAUUUUUAAUCUAAAUAGUUUAUAUUGUUUAAGACAUUUUAAGCUUAAAAAUGAAGUCAUAACACUUCUAUAUUUAAGUAUUUUAAAAUUAUAUGUCCUAUUCUGUAUGUUAACAUUAGUGGCUUUGAUUUAUAACUUGAAAACUGAAUCUAAUAUAAUAAUUGUAUUAUUUUAUAAUUUAUACUAAUUAAUUUACUUAUACAAAUCUAUUGCUUAUAAAUAUAAUAUAAUCUUAUAUAAUUGAUUGAUUAAAUAUUUUGCAGAUACCUAAUUAAUUUUACUUAAAUUUUACUAACAUGUAGUCAAAAUCUUAAUUAUAUUUAUAUUAUAUUAUAAAAUGUGAACACUUCUUUAACUGGAUGGUUUUUCUUAGAAUAUUAUUAUUAAUAAAUAAUUUUAGUAUACAUAAACAUUUAUAAUUAAUAAUGUGAUAUUAAGUAAUAGUUUUUAAAAAAAAUAUACAUAUAUAUUAUCAAAUAUUUAAUCUAUGUUUUUUUUUAUUAUUAUUACAGCAUGACUCAAUCACCUUAACUAAAACAAUAAUACCUUUAUUUAAUAAGAUAACACACUAAUGUUUUUUUAUGUAUUUAAUUUAUUAUGUAACUGUAUAUUAUAUUUUAAACUACUUUUUCUAAAAUAUAUAAAAUAUUGUUUAUAGCAAAUGUCUGGGCAAGAAAUUAGUGCAGCGGGACAAUUAAGAUUGAUGACUGCCCAACAUCAUGCUGCCCAGCAUCAAAAUCAACAACAAACUGGCACCCAAGGCACAUAUCAAGUAUGAAGAAUAAUCAAAUUUGGAUGAUAAAUAGGAAAUAAUUAAACUUAGAUUUUAUAAUAACUUUUGAUUCUGUAUAAACAGUCUCGGACAGUUUUAAAUAAUGUUACCAACAACGGUGCAUCAAACCGUGCAGCCCAAGUAGUAAGUCGUGCAGCUGCUCAAACACCAGUACCUAAUAAAUCAUUACCUACCAACUAUAAUCAAUCGGCUGCUGUGAGAGUAGCAGCAGUCUUGGCGAAAAGUGCUGCUGGACAAGCUGUUGGUCAUCAACUUCCACAUCAGGCUAGAUUUUUUGGACACAAUCCAAAUCUGAAAUGUACCUAAAAUACAGACUUUUUUUUAAAAAAAUUAUUUUUAAACAAUUGAAAUAAUUCAAAUAUUUGUGUAGUGCCUCCUGAUAAGUGUUUGCUUGGUUGUAUAUUCUUAAUUGUUGAAUAUGAUCGAUGUUCUGAUACCAGCAACGAAGUAUCAACUUGGAAACACAUCAUCCUGGAGCAUGGAGGAGAAAUUGAACCAUCUUAUACAUUACGUCUUACACAUAUACUUUGUCAAACACAAAAACAUCCUCUUGUACAACAGGUAAUUUUAAAAUUAAGCGUAUUCUUUUUUAUAUUAACUAUUUAAAUUUUGUUUUUAGGGUUUACGAGAUGGCAAAAGAUGUAUAACUGCCUACUGGCUUAGUGAUAUAAUAACAAAACAACAACUCAUGCCUCCUUGGUAUGCACUUCAUUUUCCUACUCCAUAUAGUGAAGAAAGACCUUGCCGUCAUAUGUUAAUUUCGUUAACAAAUUUUGAAGGCGAAGAACGUAAUCGCGUUAAAUUUAUGAUUGAAUUAACAGGUGCCCGUGUUACAUCUUAUUUGUCUGCUGAUAACAAUAUUUUAGUUAGUAGAAAGUAAGUAAAUGAUCAGUUAGUUGACAAAUACUAAUGUUAACUUAUAUCAUUACAGAAGUGUUAAUAUAAUAAACAACAUAAAUAAACUAUUUAUGGUUUUAGAUUAGAAGGGAAAAAAGUAAAAAAGGCUCGAGAUACUAAUCGGCCAGUAGUUAAUGUUCAAUGGUUAAAUGAAAUUCUUUUUGGGCAUUUGUCAUGUAUGUAUCAACCCGAAAAUGCAAAGUAUCAACAGUUUAACCUUACCAAUCCAUUCAGAGUUGAUUAUAACCUAGUACUUCAUUUAAUGGGUAAGAAUUAUUAUAUUAUGAUUUAGUGUAUUAUGAUUAGAUUUAAUCAAUUACUUAAUAAGAUAAUUUUGUGUUUUUAUUUCAACAAAUAUCAAUAUAAAAGUUGUUUAAUUGUAAUAAUUUAAGUUAUUUAUAAUCUUAAUUAAUGUUUAGUCUAGAUAUAAAUUAAUUUUUCACAACACUAAAAACAAGUUUGCUUAGAUUUAAAGUAUGUCAUUAUCUAAGAAAUAUAAUGUAGGUCUUUCACUUAUACGCUAAUUAUUCAAUGGGAUAUAGGCGUUUAAAAAUAUACUUGUGACGUCAUAGAACCAAUGUUGAAACAGCAGCAUAUGUUUUACAUGCAAAAAUUGUCUAGAUUAACACAAUAAGUUCAAUCGUUAAAUAUAAUAUUUUUUAAAAAAAUUUUAUGUGAUCUCAAGUGUUUUUUUGUGUUUAGAACACUGGUGGGAUUAUAAUUUUGAUAUCCUUUCUAGUUUUUUAAUAGUAGGUAAAACGAUUAUAGUCAAUUUUGUUAAAUUUGGUUUGUGCUACUGCGAUGUGCUGUGUGGCAAUAUGACGCGAGUCGUAAAUUCAAUAAUUUUACUAAAUUAUAAUUUAUAAUAUAUAUGCAACAACAAGAUAUAUUAAAUUUUAAAUCACACCGUCGUCUUAAACACAUAAGUAUACUGAGGAUUAUGAAAAAAAAAAAAUCGGAAAUACUAUUUUGUGUUAUUAAAAUCAUUGUGUAAAUCAAACUACUUUUACAUGUAAAACAUAGGGGGCUGCUCAGCUUUCAGCUCUAUAACGUCACGCGGCUAUUCAUCAACUCUCAUUAUCUCGUUAAAUAAUAAUUUUUUAACUUUGGAUUUUUACCAAAACAUUCUUCAUUAUAUUGAUUAUAAUACACCAAUAAAUUUAAAAUUAAAAAAAAUAGUGUGAUGUCCUUUAAGGGGUCUCUACACAUAAUUUGUUUUCUCUGUUUGUUUCGUGUUUGUUUGGGGACAAAUACACAUUGCACUUCAACUAUUGCAAUUCUGGUUAAGUUUAGGGUUUAUUAUACAUUUUAUAAAAAAGGAUUCUCGCAAAAACCCCUCAACUUAAUGAAUUUUUUAAUAUUUUCAUUUUUAUCAUGAAAAAAUACUUGUUUAAAUUUAUCUUAAUUUGAACUAUUAAUAAUUUAAUUAAAAAUGAUAUAUAUUUAAAAAAAAAAACAUUUGACCUAAGCUUCUUUAUAAAAUCUAUAAUAUGUUCUUUUUCCCUAAAUUCAACCAGUUGCAAUCAUAGAUGUGCAAAUUGUUGCUAUUUUACAUGCGGCAAACUGAGAAAACAAAUUAUGUUAUUAUUAGACUGUAGGGAUACAUUAUUACUACUGAUAAUAUCUUAAUACAAAUUAAAUUUAAUAUUAAAUAGUAGAUUAAUUUAUAAAUUGUGCAUGAUAAACAUUAAUUUGAUGAUAGAUUGAUUAUUAUCAUUUGUAGAAUUUGAUAAUGGUGAAGAGUAGUCCACUCCUCGUAAUAAUGGACUUAAUUGUCAUAUAUAAAUAUUAAAUUUAUCUGCAUGAUGAUAAUUAAAAACAAUUUAAAUAAAAAGAUAAUUAAUAUUGUGUGUUUCAUAGGAGCUUGGAAAAUUCCAAUCAAUGUUACCCAAGAAUCAUAUGACAGAGUGCGUAAUAAUCCUGUUGCUGUUAAAAGAAAACGGCCGAGGCCUUGUACCAAUCUCCCAGAUUUUAUUGAUCAAGAAAAUAACGAUUUAAGCACAGCUGAUAUUAUCAUUACAAAUAUUAAUCCACCACCGAUAGAAUAUAGGCCGUGUGUCAUGCUCUCUGGAUUUGGCUUAGGAAAAGAAGAACAACGAGUAUAUGCUACAUAAAAUUGUUUUGUUAUUAAUAACAAAUAAAUAAAAUUGAGUAUUUUACUUUUAGAUGGUUUUACAACUUGGUGGUACAAUAGCUAAAAAUUAUUCAGACGCUACACAUUUAGUAAUGAAAGAAUCUGCUAGAACUACAAAAUUUCUGUGUUGUUUAUCAACUGUGAAAUAUAUCGUGACUGCAAACUGGCUUAAAGAUUCUUCUUCUCAACAUAUGUUUUUAGGUAUAUAAUAAUAUUUUUAUUUAUUUCCACAAAUAAUUAUUGUACAUUUAUUAUUUAUUUUAUUUUGAUUUUAUAUCAAACUCAGGUGAAGCAAUUUACACAAUUGAAGAAGUUUCUGUAGAUCAAAAAGUUAUUUGUAAAGUGCAUAAAAUACUAUCUAAUCCGAAUCGUCAUGAAUUGUUCAAAGGAAAGAUAUUUUAUGUGACCCCUGGAGUUAGUCGUCCAUCAGUGCAUGUCAUACGAGAAAUAAUAGAAUCUGCCGGUGGUAAUGUUGAAAAACAAAGACGAUCAUUAAGAGCUAUACAAGAAUUUGAACCUAAUACGUACAUUGUAAUCACAUGUAAUAACGAUCUUCACUUAGUUGUAGAUCUCAUUCGAUCAUCUUAUGGUGAGUGGAUUUUAAACAUUUUUAUAAUCAAUAAACUGAUGUGUUUUAAAUCUAAACUGGAAAAGAAAUUAUGAAAAUUAUUUUAAAAUUUAUAUUAUACUAUAAUCUGGAGCUUAAUCAAGGGGGGGGGGUGUUUAAAAAUUGCAAUACAUCACAAAAUAUUGCGAGGGAUUUCUUCAUCCCCCCUCCCAAAAAAAAAAUCAACAGUUAUAACAUUUUUUUAUACUUCCUCUCCUUGCUAAUUAAAAAAAAAAAUAGUUUAUAUCUAUACAUAUUAUAAAAAAAAAAACAUUUUUUAUACAAGUUUCUCCUGAAGUUUCUCCUCCAAUAUACCUAUUGCAAUAUAUUAUGAGGUAAUAAAGGUAACCAAAUUCUUUUUUUUUUUUUUUUUUUUUUAUGUACUACUAGGAGUGAAGACUAAAAAUAUUUAUAUUUGAAUUAAAUCGAAAACAUUUAAAUGUUUUUUAAAAUAACUUUUAAUUUUAAUAAUUUUUUAAAGUUCAGAGAAUAGUACCUAAAAUUAUAUAGCAGGCUGUAAUUAAAUUCACUAAUUGUUUAUUAUUGUUUAUAUUGUUAUGGCUAAUUGGCUGUAUACUAAUACAUCAACAUUUUCAGAAGAUUAAACUCCGUACAAUUUUUCAAAAAUUUAAGUUUUUUUUAUCAAAAUAUACAAAAUUAAUUGAAAUAUAAAUACUUGCAGUUCUUUAGAAUCUGAUUAUUCUACGUGGAACAUUCUGUAUACAUAUAAAUAUUCAUAUCAAAUAAUUGUACAUAAAACUUACAAAAAAAUAUUUAUAAAAACUUUAAAGCAAUAUUAUUCUUUUUUCCUCUACAAACCAAUCUAUGACUGCUGCUCAGAUAUCCACAUCGAUAUUUCUAUGUAUUAUAGAUAAAACUUGUCCCAUAUUAUCAUCACUACUUUUUGAUAACGUUGAUAAAAAUACCCAGGAAAUAACAAAUGUCACAGGUAUAAAUACUACAUUAUUGUGUUACCAAAUAUGCUGUGAUUAAAAGAAUCAUAGCUAAAAACUUCCAAAGAAAAUGAGAUCCACCCAUCACUCUACUCCCUCAAAUAUGCCAUUUUCUUAUAAGUCUGUAUUAAGUCUAGUUUUUCACUGUUCAAUUUUUUUUACCGAAAAGAAUAAAAAAUGGCUAGUUUAGUAAUAUGUUAAUGUUGAAUUUUAUAACUACAUUUAGGAUUUUCCAAAAAAUUACAUUUAUUUUCUUAAUUAUUCCAUACAUUAAAUUGGUAAAAUUAUUAUUUUUAGUGGCCCUAACAUACUAGUACAAGCUUAAUGCUAAGAUUAUUAUUGAAGUAAAUCUAUCUAUAUAAAAAAAUCAAUACAUUUAUAUUUUUCCUAUUCAAGUAUUAAAAAAAAUAUUCUCUUGAAUUACCACCCAGAUAAAAUUUCAUGUCAGAAAAAGUGUUACAUUUGAACAUCUGUGCACGAUUUAUGGUAGUAAAGUGUUCACAGGAAAAAAAUAGACAUUGUAAAACUAAUACAUUCCACACUCCACUCAGGAUUUAACCUAAAUAUUAAUUCAUUUUGUUUCAGGUAUCUACUCUUCUGAAUUUGUCUUAACAGCAGUGAUGACACAAUAUGUUAAUUAUGACAUGGCAUAUAAAAAAACCAAACAAAAUAAUUAA